AUGUGCCACGUGGCUAAGAAGGUCACAAACAUCCUGGGCUGCAUCAGGAAUGGUGUGGCCAGUAAGAGUAGGGAAGUGGUUGUGCCCCUGUACUCUGCACUGAUCUGCCACCUGGUGCCGCUGCUGACCGCGGAGCCCGCGCGCAGCUCCCGGAUCCACCUCCCGCGGGACUGCGGGGCUGCGCCAUCCCGGGCUGCUCCGCUCGGAGGUCUGCAGGCUGGAUCCGCAGCUCCAAUCGGGCUCCGAGGGGGACCAUCGGCUCUCUGGAACGUAAUGGAGCUGAGCAAGAGCCAGGAACCGUUGUCAGGGCUGGCAGUGCCUCUGAUUCUGCUCCUUUUUGUGUCAGGAUUGAGAACGGAAACAGCCCGGUACUCUGUGCCCGAAGAAGCGGAGAGAGGCUUCUUUGUGGCGAAUAUUGCUAAGGAUUUAGGACUGACCCGUGAGGAGUUAUCGGCUCGGCAGGCUCGGCUCGUUUCUGAAGGAGAAAAGCAGUAUUUACAACUGAACCAACACACCGGGGAUUUGGUGGUGCGAGAGCGGAUGGACCGGGAGGAGCUGUGCGGCCAGAGCGAGCCCUGCCUUGUGCGUUUCGAGGUGCUGCUGGAGAGCCCGCUGCAGUCCUUCCGAGCCGAGGUAAGCCUCACCGAUAUAAAUGAUCAUGCUCCCGUGUUCUUAAAUACAGAGAUAGUUUUAAAGAUUCCGGAAACUGCAAUGCCAGAAGCUCGAUUUUUAUUGGAAAGCGCUCAGGAUCCGGAUGUGGGGAACAAUAGUCUUCAGCAUUACAACAUCAGCUCGAACGACUAUUUCCAUAUCCACACCCGGAGGCGGAGUGAUGGAAGGAGGUAUGCCGAGCUGGUAUUGGACCGAGGGCUGGACCGAGAGCAGCAGGCAGAAGUGACUUUCAGUGUCAUGGCUGUGGAUGGUGGGUCUCCACCACUCUCUGGUACCGCCUUAAUCCGUGUAGUAGUCCUGGAUAUAAAUGACAACAUCCCAGAAUUUACCCGGAGUCUAUAUAAAGCUCGGGUAUUAGAAAAUAGUUCCCAGGAUACAUUAGUUGUAGCGGUUUCUGCUAGUGAUUUAGACUCCGGAACGAAUGGGGAAAUAUCCUAUUCCAUAGUUCAAAAUUCAGAAGAAAAUCUCCAGACCUUUAAAAUAAAUUCAUACACGGGGCAGAUUCGACUCAAAAAGGCAGUAGAUUAUGAAGAAACGAAGGCAUACGAGAUAGACGUCCAGGCCACAGACGGAGGGGGCCUGUCCGCGCACUGCAAGGUGGAGGUGCAGGUGGAGGACGUGAACGACAACGCACCCGAGGUGAUAAUCACGUCCGUCACCAGCACACUGUCGGAAGCCGCCCCACCAAACACCGUGGUGGCCCUUUUCAACGUGCGGGAUCGGGACUCGGGAGAAAAUGGCAGGACAAGCUGCGAGAUGGCAGGUGAGCAGCCCUUCAGCAUCGCUCUGCUGGCGGCCGACGCUUACGCGCUGGUGACAUCGGAGGGCCUGGACAGGGAAGAAGUGUCAGAGUACAACGUGACACUGCGGGCCCGCGACGAGGGCUCCCCGGCGCUUUCGACGUCGAAGACAUUGCUCGUACGGCUUCUGGACGUGAAUGACAACGCGCCGACGUUCACGCAGGACGUUUACACCAUGGUGCUGAAGGAAAACGAGCCCGCGGGGACGAUCCUGGGCCGCCUGAGAGCCACGGACGCCGACGCAGGGGAAAACGCCCACGUGAGAUACGCGUUGGAGGCAGCUCCGCCGGGAAUCCCCGCAGCGGCAUCUUUCGUGUCCGUGGACGCUGAGAGCGGAAUCGUGCGGGCGCUGCGGGCGCUGGACUACGAGGAGGUGCGCGGGCUGGAGGUGGCGGUGCGCGCUGCCGACGGCGGGUUAGACCGCGGCACCGGCCGCCUCGUAGUGGCGGAGAGGCUGGACCGGGAGCAGCUGUGCGGACAGUCCGCUACCUGCACUCUCCCCUUCGAGCUGCUGCUGGUAAACCCCCUGCAGAUCUUUCGGGUCGAGGUGGCCGUGCAGGACAUCAAUGACCAUUCGCCCGUUUUCCCGGAGGAACAAGCCACUUUUCAGAUCCUGGAAACGAGCAACCCGGGGUCGCGUUUCCCUCUGGAGGGAGCUCGGGACCUGGAUAUUGGCAGCAACAGCAUCCAGGCAUACAGCAUCGCUCCCGAGAACGAGUACUUUAGUGUCUCUUUUGGGAGUCGGGUUAAGGACAACAAGUAUGUUGAACUGGUCUUGGAAAAGCCUCUGGACAGAGAGGAGCAGGCAGAAGUAGAUUUCGGUCUCAUUGCUGUGGAUGGGGGCUCUCCACCCAGGAGUGGAACCACCCAGAUCCGCAUUGUGGUUCUAGAUGUGAAUGACAACGCUCCCGUCUUCACUGAGGAGGUGUACAUCGGGCAGGUUUUGGAAAACACACCAGAGGGCUCUGUGGUUCUGAGAGUGGUGGCAACUGAUCUGGAUGCAGGACCUAAUGGGGACAUUUCCUACCAGUUCAGCCAAAUGGUAGGCCAAGGCCACUCACCAUUCUCCAUUGACCCUAAGACCGGUGAAAUCAAACUGACUAAGGCUCUGGACUUUGAGAUGGCUGAGAAUCAUGAACUCAGUGUUCGGGCCACAGAUGGUGGGGGCCUCUCAGCAAUCUGCAAGGUGCUGAUGCAGGUGGUGGAUGUGAAUGACAAUGUUCCGGAGCUGGUGGUCAGUUCCUUCAGCAGCUCCAUCCCUGAAAAUGCGUUACCUGGGACAGUAGUUGUCCUCUUUGCUGUCAGGGACCGGGAUGCUGGUGCCAACGGGAAGAUCUCCUGUGCCCUUGAGGACCAGCUGUCAUUCUCCCUGAGGCCAGCCUAUGAGAAUUACUAUGAGCUGGUAACUGUGAGCCCGCUGGACAGGGAGGAGGUGGCACAGUACAUCCUGACUAUCACAGCAGCAGAUACAGGGUCACCUCCUCUCACGACCACCCAAACCUUCACUGUGGAUAUUUCUGAUGUCAACGAUAACGCACCUGUCUUCAACCAGACAUUGUACACCAUGUAUGUGCAUGAGAACAACGUCCCCACAGCCCUCGUUGGAGCUGUCAGUGCUUCUGAUGCUGAUGUGGGGCCCAAUGCCAAGGUAACCUAUUUCCUGACCCCAGUGCACCCCACAGAGCAACCUUCCUGCGCCUGCAUCUCUGUGAACUCAGAGAAUGGGCAUGUGUUUGUGCUGCAGCCUCUGGACUACGAGCAAGUGAGGUAUAUUGAGGCCUUGGUUACUGCCUCUGAUGCGGGGUCACCUCCCCUCACUGCCAAAGUCACUGUUCGCCUUGUUGUGGUGGACGAGAAUGACAAUGCACCCUUGGUGCUGCACCCAGGCCAGGACAGCAACCCAUUGUCCAGUGAGCUUGUGCCCAUGUCAGCUGAGACUGGCUACCUUGUCACCAAAGUGGUGGCUGUUGACGCUGACUCAGGGCAGAACUCAUGGCUCUCAUACCACCUGCUGAAGGCCACCGACCCCGGGCUGUUUGUGGUGGGUACUCAAAGCGGGGAGGUGCGGCUAAAGAGGCCAGUGACAGAAAGAGACGCCGUGAAACAGAAGCUGGUUGUCCUGGUGCGAGACAACGGGCGGCCACCACUGUCAGCCACUGCAGCACUGAACGCAGUCCUGCUCAAUGACUUCUCAGAUGUGCACCUACCAGCUAGCCUGGGCACGGAGGAGGAGGAGGGAGACUCCCUGACAACCUAUUUAAUAAUUUCUUUGGUCUUUGUUUCACUCCUUUUCGUUGCAUCCAUGGCAGCUUUUGUCAUUCGCAAGGUGUGCAAGCGAAAGGAUCUGAAGGGUGGAGAAGUGCUUUAUGGUGCUGGAGACCUGCAGAGUGAACUGGCUGAUGCAGCUGCCAUAGGGACCCUGCCCCACCCCUAUUGCUAUGAGAUUAGCCUCACGACAGGCUCAGGCAACAGCGAGUUCAAGUUCUUGAAGCCCAUCCUCCCCAGCCUGCCACCACAGCACUGUGUCGUGAGUAGAGGCACCAACCAGGAAUUCCCCCAUAGCCCUGUCACCAUAGGGGACAUGGCACCAGACAAUCCUGGGACACUGUCUGCAGAACAGUUCAAUAGUCUUUCCUUUAACUAG